CAGCAGCAGCAGCAGAUCUGAGUAAACUCACCCCUAUCCUCGACGCCGCCAUCUCCAACCAGACUGCCACACUCGACGCGCUACAAAAAACCACCGAGGAGACCAUGACCACAUCUAUCCUACAAUCUCUUGCCAAAAGUGAUGCGGAUUUACAUGCUUUGCUGAGCGCCGUGUAUGCCUCCUCACCCUACGGCGAAAUCAAGCUGAUUGAUGCGCAAACGCAAGUAGCAUUAGAAGAAUUGGAGCAUCAGACGCAAUGUAUUGGCGAUGAAAUGCGGGAAUUGGAUAUUGAAGGCAUUGCGAGGGCGGUGAAGAGGAAACAGGAGGAGGCGUUGAAGAAUAUGAGUUGAGUAACUAGGUAUGUACCUGGCGGGGGUCAGGGUUAGGUGGGUAAGGUAGGUAGGAUUAUAUCUGUUUUUACCAGACCUUAUACGUCUUCCGUAUACAUCGCUAAGGUAGGUACUAUGGAUGUAUCUCACAAGACCCAGUGGAGGUCCUAACUCC